AAAAUUUUCAAUGUUAAAUCAAGAAUCAAAAAGUCUCAAGAAAAAAAUUAGGAAUCACCUGAUUCUGUGUGUGGAUAGAAGAGACUCCGAGCAACAACAUCAAUACCUCAACGUAAUCCUGUUUGUGCUCUGUUGAAAGACGGAUGAAAGGCAGUUAGUUGCAUGACCCAGUUUCCGGAGACCCACAAAGACGCUUUCAAUUAAUAUCAUCUUUAUUUUUGUUGACAAAGGAGAAAUUUUAAUGCAUAGUAAACAUUUCCGAUAUUGAAAAUAUCCGUACACAUUAACCAGCUGCCAGUCAGUGAGUUGUAAUGUGGAAGCCAAAAAAAUCUCAGAAAUUAAUUAGAUUUGAAUUGGAAAAGUGACGAAAUUAAUUUAUAAAAAUUCUUUUUGAUUUGCUAACUACAAUUUGAUUUAAUUACCAUAAGAAGGAGAAUAUCACAAUCACAAAAUCACAAACUUCGUAAUGGAUUAUUGGUGCUAUAUCUGUAUAUUCUUCUUGACGCCCAUUAUACUAUUGUAUAUUUUGUUCGAACUCCAUUAUUUCCUAAGAAUGUGCCUUUGUGUUUUUUUGGCGCGUUUCGUCAAACGGAAAUGUCAUAUUUUAGAGACUACUAUAGUUUCAGGAAUAUGUCUUACCAAUGAUAUAGAUACAUUACUUUAUCAUAUGAACAACGCAAGAUACCUUCGCGAAUUGGACUUUGCUCGAGUUGAUUUCUAUGAAAGAACGAAUCUAUACCGCACAAUCGUUGCGAAAGGUGGUUCGGUAUAUCAAGGUGCAGCUACAAUACGUUAUCGUAGGUUUAUAAGACCGUUUCACAGAUUUCACAUUAAAUCGAGUAUAGUAUAUUGGGAUAAUGAAUCUGUUUUUAUGGAGCAUAAGUUCCUAAGACCAUCUGAUCAAUUUGUGCAUUGUAUUGCAAUUUGUCGUCAGCGAAUUAUAGACUGUUCGGCUGAGGAUGUCAUGGCCGAACUUUUAGCACCGAAAACCGCACAGAUAGAAGCUUUAAACAAUACUGUUAGUUCCACAAUUAGCCUAGAAAAUGCAAUUGUCACCACCAAUAUUGAUGAGGCGGAGCGUGGUCAAGUGCGUGUAAAAUUAAAACCAGAUAUACCGCCAGAGAUUUCCAAAUGGAUGGAAUAUAACGAUUUAUCGAGCAAAAGACUGCGAAAAUGUUGCUGAUGCUUGUUGCUCUUGUGAUGAUAGAAGUAAAUACUAUAUUUUUGGUAAACUCCCAAAAAGGGUUUGAUAAUUGAAAAAUUUGAUAUUUAUUUUUGUGAAAUGUUAUUAUCAUGUGAAUGUAUGUGAAUAUGUAUUUUAAUCAAAGGUAGAAAAAUAUAUACAUAUAAGUGU